UUCCUCCCGGCUCACAAGUGCUUUGCUUUGGAGCCACCGGCCAGCUGGAAGGAGCUGGCCCAUUUGGAGGAUCUUCAGGAUGAUGAGAUCAGUCCUGAAUUCCAGCAGCAGGUGGAGAAAAUGUGCAGCUACAUCUGGGAAAAGUCUGCACCUAAGACCGUCCCUGGUGGGCACGGCGUCACGGGGCAGGCGCUGGGGCACCUGGCGGCGACCUACGUGGAGGCCAUCCGGAGCGGGGCAGUGCCAUGCCUGGAGAGUGCGGUGCUCGCCCUGGCAAAGAUUGAGAACGCAGCAGCAGCGAAAGACGCCGCACAGAAUGCCCUCCCCAUCUGUCACCUCCCAGCUGGGUACCCCCCAGCCUGGAGAGCCCCGUGUCUGUGUCAAGCUGCCUUGAGUUUUGCCUGGCCUGAGAGCGGUGGAUGCAGCUCCACCUGGGCUGAUGCCUUCCCUCUGCAUCUUCCCCAACAGCACCAGGUAGAGGCAGUCAAGGAGAAGUUCUUCAGGGACAACGAGCAGGCGUCCUGGGACAAGUGCAAGGCUGCUCUCAGGGACCUCUCCCAAGACAUGGAGAGGCAAAUCCGUGAUGGCAUCUACACCGUGCCCAGGGGUUAUGACAUAUUCAGAGAAGAUGAGCAGGCAGUGGUGGAGAAAUACCGGGAACUGCCUGGCAAGGGGGUGAAGGUAGGAAGGAGAGCAGGUCCCCUUUGAGGACAAGGAGGCUCC